AUGAAUAAAUAAAUUCGUUUUUACGUUAGAAAGAGUACUAACGUUGUAAGAUUAGGACACACUUUUAAAGAAGAGCAUAAAUUCGAUACACCUUAUGUUCCUAUUGGAUUUCCACUUUUGAAAUACAAGAGAUAAAUUUAUUAAUUGUGA